CAGUCACAGCUGCACGUUGCACAAAAAUUCAUUUAUUUUUAUUAGAAAACUACUUCAGAUAUAAUCAGUAAAUAUCGCCAAAAUGAAUUCUGCUUUAAAUCCGGAGGCUCCAGAGUUUUACCCGCACCUGACAUCAGUGACACAGGAUGGUUAUUCCACAAUAAACAAGACAAUCCGAUCUUCAAAUCAAAUGCCUUCCGGAGCUUCCUACGAGAUAUUUAAAACAUUUACAGACUUUAAUAUAGUAACUUCCCACAUAAGCAAAAAUGUUAUUUUGCAAUCUAACCAAAUAAUUAUAACAGAGUUGCCAGCUGUGAAGUUAAAAUACAAUGACAAUGAACACAACACUGACAAAAUAAUAGAUGCCGACGACAGCAUGUUAGACCGAGUUAACAUAAACAUUGACCGUGUGAGCGGAGUUAAUAAAGGUGAUGAGAAAGUUCUAGAUGGACUGAGGUCAGGCAUCAAUGUUUCCGCAUGGAACAAGCAAAAGCCAAUAAUUGCUAAGUUUCAAGUGGGCUCUGCAACAUUCAUUGGGGCCAAGAAUAUACUACGACCACAACUAUCAUUUAAAGACACCAUAGACAACUCAGACAGCUUGUGGGUGCCAAAAAUAUCAGACAAACCAAACAAUAUUAAGCCUUUGACAUUAAAUAUUCUCUACAAUGCUGAAGGCGAAGCAAUAGGAUAUGAACAUCCUUACCAAUUGGAAUUGGACAUGUAUCGUCCGGCGUCCGAGUUUAUCGACCCAGACCCUGCGCCGCCGGCUUACCCACUGCCUCUGGAUAGCACCCAAUACACUUACAUCAACACUGAGGCACAAUUGGACGAACUUCUCAGGCACUUGAACGGUGUCAAUGAACUGGCUGUUGAUCUUGAACAUCAUUCCUAUAGGACCUAUCAAGGGCUAACUUGUUUAGUGCAAAUAUCAACCAACCAAGGGGGUGAUUUCAUCAUAGACGCAUUGGCAGUUAGAGAGCACAUGCACAAACUCAAUUUGGCAUUCACAGAUCCGAGAAAAAUUAAAGUGUUCCACGGUGCCGAAUCGGACGUGUUAUGGCUGCAAAGAGACUUCGGUGUCUAUAUAGUAGGUUUGUUUGACACUCAUCAAGCUGCUAAAGCACUCAAGGCGAAUGGGCUUUCCCUCAAGUAUUUACUAAUGAAAUACUGUGGUGUAAACGCCGACAAAAAAUACCAGCUAGCGGAUUGGCGUAUACGGCCUUUGCCGGAGGAAUUAGUCGAGUACGCCCGACUGGACACACAUUACUUGUUAUACAUCUGGCGUGAGAUGAAAAGCGAAUUACUGGCGGCUGGUGCCGGACAGCCGCAGUUACUGCUGUCUGUCUUCGAACAAAGCAGACAAAUCUGUUUAUCGAUGUACAAUAAAGAGGUGUUGAAUGAUAAUAGUCACAUGAAACUGUACAUUAAGUCGAAGAAAUCGUUCAAUACACAACAAAUGUUGGCGCUCAAAAUGCUCUACAAGUGGAGGGACGCGCAGGCGCGUGCUCUGGAUGAGAGUACCUCGUACCUAUUGCCCAACCACAUGCUGCUGUCACUGGCGGAAACACUCCCGCGCGAGGUACAGGGUGUGAACAGCUGCUGCUGUCCCAUGCCGCCCUUCGUCAAACAGAACCUCAUGACUAUCCACAGGAUGUUACUUUCGUGUCGCGAGCUACCGCUGGAGCCGCAGCUAUUCCAGAUGCCAAGUAGCAUCAGGACUAUGGUCAACAUGCAUCAGACUUUGAACUUGUACGCCAUGAACACUCACGACGUUUCACACCUCCCUGAAUUUAGAGAGGAAGACAGCAGCAAGUUCGAGUUUGCAUCAAUGUUCGCGGAUGAAGUAACCCAACUGCCUAAACAAAUACAUGCAUUUGCGCACACUUACAACGGAGCUUACUAUGGCAUUGUGUCCGAAUUAAACGCAGAAGCAAAACAUUUCGUUCCACCUUACGACAGAUAUAGGAAAUACCGUACGCUUGCUCAGUUGGAAGAAAUUAAAGAUUUUAAAGAAAAAGAAGCGAAAAUAGCAGCCAUAGGAAAAGGCGACGAUUUGAUUAAAACAGAAGUCCUGUUAAAAGUUCAGCAUGCCAAAACACAAGUCGAAAACGAAGAAAAAAGUGUAGUAGAAAGUGAAGAAAUAGAAACAAGGGAAUUAGUAAAGAAAUCUGAAAAACGUAAACGAAAGAUAUCUGAUAAAAUUGACCGAAAGGAUACCUUAAUGCCAGUAACUAAUAAAGUGGACUCUAAUCCUAAAAACAUUUCAGAAACUAACAAGAACUUAAAACCAUUUGUUUACAAGAAUGUAGACUACAAAAAGUUUUAUGAUGACACUGAGAAAACUCGUAAUCAUAAACAACUUAAGACGAAAUAUAAAAAAUGUAGGAAAUAG